ACCGAACAUGUAGAAGAACGCGUCACAAAUCCAAUGCCGCUAAACUAGACAACCUUUACCAAGCUUCACCAUCAUCAUCUCCAUGGCCGUCGCCUCAUCCCCAUCAUCUGCUAACUUCCUCCAACUUCCAUGGCCAUUUCUCCCUUCUUCACAUCCACCCCACCUCCAGCUGCUUGUCUGAUGAAAGCACCUCCCCAUCUCACCUCCUCCUUUAACCUUCCAUUUCUCGGCUCAAAUGAUCGACGUCUUCCUCCAUGGCCAGAAGAACUCAAGCUCCCCAUCACACUCAUAAAGUUCUCUCCUUCAAGAAGCACUACAAGUGGCUUCUCUGGUUCUCUCUUUCCAUCUACUUCUUCCUCUACACCACCUCCUCCUCCUCUUUCCUCUUUCUCCACCCCCUCCGUCUUAACCCCGAUCUCCCAGGUCGAGCUCUAAUUGAGUCCAAAACUCCACCUUUCCACUCUUCAUUGCCUACAGUGUACAUCUAUGAGCUUCCCUCCCGGCUCAACACCGACUGGCUCGCCAACGAACAGUGUCGUACUCACUUUGCGGCGGAGGUGGCGAUCCACGAGGCGUUGCUGCAGUACUCCAGCUGCGUGCUCGACUCGGAGGAAGCGGACUUCUUCUUCCUCCUUGUAUACGUGUCCUGCAACUUUAGCACCAUCAAUGGCUUCCCCGACUUCCACCACGCCUGUCCUCUCCUCGUAAAAGCAGUCGAGUUGAUCCCUGGUGGAUUCCCAUUCUGGAACCGCUCCCGAGGCCGCGAUCAUGUCUUCGCCGCCUCACACGAUUAUGGUGCAUGCUUCCAUGCUAUGUGAUACGGUGCGUGAUCGUGGGGUCGGAGAGAUGACGUGGUCGGGAGUCAAGACCGCGGUAUGGUCAAAAGUCAAGCUCUUGUGGAGGUCAGAAGUCAAGCUUGCGUGGUGGUCAGAAGUUAAGUCUACGUGGUGGUCAAAAGUCUGACUCACGUGGAGGUCAAGGAUCCGGCCUACGUUUAGUUCAAGGGGCCCAGUUGCAAGAUAGGCGGGGUUAGGCACGAAUGGCGUCUCAAGACUGGACCUGUGUUGAGUGAGGACUCGAGUACAGGUCGGGAUUGUGCCAAACAAGGAUACAGGUCAGGACUUAUAGCCUUGCGACACCAAGUACAGGGAUCAAAAUGUACAGGUUGGGAUUGUGUCAACCAAAGAUACAGGUCGAGGCUUCUAGCCUUGCGGCACAGGAUACAGGGACAAGCGUACAGGUUGAGAUUGUGCCAACCAAUGAUACAGGUCAGGGCUUCUAGCCUUGCGGCACAGGAUACAUAGACAAGCGUACAGGUCGGGAUUGUGCCAACCAAGGAUACAUGUCAGGACUUAUAGCCUUGCAACACCGGAUACAGGGAUCAAAGUGUACAGGUCGAGAUUGUGUCAACCAAGGAUACAGGUCAGGGCUUUUAGCCUUGCGGCACGGGAUACAUGGACAAGCGUACAGGUCGGGAUUGUGACAACCAAGGAUACAAGUCAGGACUAAUAGCCUUGCGGCACCAAGUACAGGGAUCAAAAAGUACAGGUCGGGAUUGUGCCAACCAAGGAUACAGGUCGGGCUUCUAGCCUUGCGACACAGGAUAUAGGGACAAGCGUAGAGGUCGGGAUUGUGCCAACCAAGGAUAUAGGUCAGGGCUUCUAGCCUUGCGGCACAUGAUACAUAGACAAGCGUACAGGUCGGGAUUGUGUCAACCAAGGAUAUAGGUCAGGACUUAUAGCUUUGCGGCACCGGAUACAGGGAUCAAAGUGUACAGAUCGGGAUUAUGCCAACCAAGGAUACAGGUCAGGACUUAUAGCCUUGCGGCACCGGAUACAGGGAUCAAAGUGUACAAGUCGGGAUUGUCCCAACCAAGGAUACAGGUCAGGGCUUCUAGCCUUGCGGCAUAGGAUACAUGGACAAGCGUACAGGUCGGGAUUGUGCCAACCAAGGAUACAUGUCAGGGCUUCUAGCCUUGCGGCAUAGGAUACAUGGACAAGCGUACAGGUCGGGAUUGUGCCAACCAAGGAUACAGGUCAGGGCUUCUAGCCUUGCGGCAUAGGAUACAUAGACAAGCGUACAGGUCGGGAUUGUGCCAACCAAGGAUACAGGUCAGGACUUAUAGCCUUGCAGCACCAAGUACAGGGAUCAAAACGUAUAGGUCGGGAUUGUGCCAACCAAGGAUACAGGUCGGGGCUUCUAGCCUUGCGGCACAAGAUACAAGGACAAGCGUAGAGGUCGGGAUUGUGCCAAUCAAGGAUACAGAUCAGGGCUUCUAGCCUUGCGGCAUGGGAUACAUGGACAAGCGUACAGGUCGGGAUUGUGCCAACCAAGGAUACAAGUCAGGACUUAUAGCCUUACGGCACCGAAUACAGGUAUCAAAGUGUACAAGUCGAGAUUAUGCCAACCAAGGAUACAGGUCAGGGUUUCUAGCCUUGCGGCACCAAGUACAGGGAUCAAAGUGUACAGGUCGAAAUAGGGCCAACUAAGGAUACAGGUCGGGACUCAGGAUAAGCGGAAGCAGACCGACGCAUACAGGUCGGGACUCAGGAUAGCUACAGGUCUGCACCCACAGGUUGGGAUCAUCAAGUAUAAAGAGCCAAUACAAGAACAAUAGAAUAAGGGGGUCGGACGCUACACGACAAACAAGCCAAGGAAUCGUAACAACUUGUCAGGGAAUAAUCACUGCCUAUCAGAGAAUAUGUCAAUGGUCUGGUGUGUACAGCCCUAGGAUUCCUUCCUAGACCUAUAGAAGGACGCCACGUGUCAUCCACCGCCAGACAAAGCCUGACAUCCGACAUUCCCUGACACCCAUACUCCAGAAACAUCCGUUGCAGUAUAAAAAGGGAUGCUUUGUCCCUUACGGAGGUAUGCUCACUCGUCAUUCCAUACUCGUCUUCUAUUUUUCAUCCUUUCUCUGUGUUUCUGGGAAAAAAGUACCUGACUUGAGGGUCGGAGGGCCUGACCCGGGGACUUUUUCCCUGGUUUCUGGUCUCUAAUGACUGGUGGGCUCGUCUGAGUGUGUGCAGAGUCUCUA